AUGCCUCGAGCUCUCUUUCUCUUUCUCCUCCUAUUUGCUCUAGGACUGGUUCGCGUCUUAGCAAUCAACCUCCGCUAUGCGCCCCUUGCACCACCAAAACCAACAAAGGCUCCUUCGCGAAGCGCCACAAACAUCUUGAACGACGAUCUUAAAAGACGACAGGCCACCUCCGUAACCUCCGUGUGUGGAUACUACAACGGCGACCCGGCAAAGUCGAGGACAGCAGACCCGGGCUUCGGCUGUCGCCUUGAUAUCGACCGCGGGCUUUGGGGCUUCUGUCCCACGACCGUCAUCUCUGCCAAAGAUUGCGGGCUGGCCGGCAACUGCGUCGACUCGCAAAACUGCAAGUUCGGCUGCGGCAAGACGGGAAUCGCAGGCCUGACGACUUUCACUUGUGCAACAGAUAGAUUCUGCUCCACCGUUCUUCUUGAAGGAGGUUUCGAAGGAGGCUUCUCCUAUAUUGCGUGCGGCAACACAGCGACGGUAGAAACGUUGCUCAAAGAACCCAUCGCCACACCCUCAGCACCCUCAGACAUUGUCGCGACUACGGAAAUCCUCACCCCCACCGACGCCGCCACCACCACAACAACACAAUCAUCUGCGUCAACUUCCUCGUCAACAUCAUCUCUUACCUCUGCUCCGUCCUCAGGCGUUUCUCCUUCCGCAACGCAACCCACUUCCCCAGCAGGCCAAACAACCUUCCCAACAGGCGGAACCACCUCGUCCUCGGGGCCAAGCAACACAGGACCCAUCAUCGGCGGCGUCGUGGGCGGCGUCGCCAUCAUCUGCGUCACGGUCGUCGUCGCAAUCUACAUCAUGCGACGGAACAAGCGUGCAGAGGCGGAAGAACCUCGUGAGAAGAGAGGAAGCCGCUUCAGGUCGUGGGGCCGGUCGUCAUCGAAGCCUCCCAACUAUGAACAGAGUGAAGCUAUUCGGGCGGAUACACGAGAGUACGGCGGUGCCGGGCAGAAUAAGAUGUACGCCGGGUGGGGUCCGUCUGAAGUAUAUGGAUCAGAGCCUCGAAGAGACCCCACAGCUCCGGUUGAGUUGCCGGGUGCUUCCCCUGUAGAGCUUCCUAGUCGGAGAGGUUAA